AUGAACUACUCAUCAGAUUCAAGAGGCCUCAUUGAAUCAGGUGAAAGGCACACCACAAAAUCCAUAGUCCAGAAAUUAGAAAGAAUGGGUAAUCUACUAUGUUGUCUGCAAGUUGAUCAAUCAAUAAUUGCUAUAAAGGAAAGAUUUGGCAAGUUUGAUGAAGUACUUGAGCCAGGUUGCCAUUUCAUGCCUUGGUGUCUUGGAAGAAAGGUUGCUGGUCAUCUCACUCUCCGCUUGCAGCAGUUGGAUGUGCGAUGCGAAACUAAGACUAAGGAUAAUGUAUUUGUGAAUGUUGUUGCAUCUAUACAAUACCGAGCCCUGGCUAACAAAGGGAGUGAUGCUUUCUACAGACUCAGCAAUACUAGAACCCAAAUCCAAGCCUAUGUAUUUGAUGGUAUGUGCAACUGUAACCAUAAGAGGAAUUAA